AUGGGCCUUCUCUACUGGCUCCGCAAACUCUACUCCCUCGACACUCUUGACUCGCGCUUCACGGUCUCAGCCAAUACGCCGCUUAAGUCUGCCUACAGCACUGAAUCUCGAAUAUCAUCUACAAGCAAUGGGGGGUUAGAACCGACGGUCUCGAGAUGGCUUGCGAGUGGGAGUGAGAAUGGGAUGCAGACACGAACACAAGCGCAGUCAGGGGAGGACUGCGGGAGUCCUAGCUCUGGUCCCUCAUUGACUGCGUCCCCGCCACGAUGGAACACAGUCGAAUUUUACGUUUACUAUAUCGCGUUUCUGCUUGCGGUACCAAUGAUGUUUAAGACUGUCUACGAUGUUUCGAAGGAGUCUCAUCCAAUGUAUUCGAAAUAUUCACACCUUUUGGAGGAUGGGUGGAUAAUGGGAAGGAAAGUGGAUAAUUCUGAUUCACAAUAUUCCACUUUUCGAGAUAACAUUCCUUAUCUUGCCUUACUCUUGGUCAUCCAUCCUUUGCUUCGACGAGCUAUUGACAUCUUCUUUCCUUUAAAUUCCAAUUCGCCUCCAUCUGGCAAAUUAAAAGAUGAUGAGAUCUCCAGAUUUGACGCUGUAUCCGCUGAUUUGAGGCUAAAACGCAGAGUCACUUACGAUUAUUAUUUUGCGCUGGUAGCUAUCGUUGCCCUGCAUGGCUUCUCAGCUCCCAAGAUUCUUGCAAUUCUUGUCAUCAAUUAUCAUAUUGCAACAAAACUUCCACGGAAUAAAAUACCAGUGGCAACAUGGGUUUUUAACAUUGGCAUAUUAUUUGCAAAUGAAUUGUCAAAUGGGUACCAAUAUGCAGACAUCGCGAGAAUACUUACGUGGUCAUCUUCUGUAUCACAGGUAGGUGAAGGCCAUCCACUUGUGGCUGUUGGAAAAUGGCUUGACAGUUGGGGCGGAUUAAUCCCUAGAUGGGAUAUUCUUUUUAAUCUCACGGUUCUGCGAUUAAUAAGUUUUAAUCUCGAUUACUAUUGGAGCCUCAACUAUCGGUCAGAUAGCCCUAUUGAGAAGAAGCAACUCGACCCCUCCGCCCUGUCCGAGCGAGAUCGCGUCACUAUCCCAGCCCAUCAAUCUGCCUUCAACCCGACAAACUACGUUGGCUACGUUCUCUAUUCCCCGCUCUAUCUCACGGGCCCCAUCAUUACCUUCAACGACUAUAUCUCCCAACAACGCCACCCUUCUCCUUCCAUAUCUACAACCCGCACUAUCCUCUACGGAAUCCGCUUCCUCUUCGCCCUUUUCAGCAUGGAACUAUUCCUACAUUACAUAUAUGUCGUCGCCAUCUCACAAUCCUCCCCCAACUGGUCCGUCUACACCCCAUUUCAACUUAGCAUGCUGGGCUAUUUCAACCUACACCACAUCUGGCUUAAAUUACUUCUACCCUGGCGUUUCGCGCGCCUCUGGGCCUUGAUCGACGGCAUAGAUCCGCCCGAAAACAUGGUCCGCUGUAUGUCCAACAAUUACUCCGCCCUUGCCUUCUGGCGCGGCUGGCACCGCUCCUUCAACAGGUGGAUCGUCAGAUAUCUCUACGUCCCCUUGGGUGGCGGCGGUAGUAACCGCAGCCACAAUCAGUCCAACAACAAUAGCAGCGACGGAUCCUCCCCCAUCCUCGCCAAGACCCGUGGCCUCCUCAACUUUCUCACCGUCUUCACCUUUGUUGCGCUGUGGCAUGACAUUAAUCUCCGCCUGCUCAUGUGGGGGUGGCUCAUAACGCUUUUCGUCCUGCCAGAAAUCAUUGCCACCGCACUAUUCCCCGCGCAUAGGUGGCGUGAUAGUCCAACAGCUUACCGUGUGCUGUGUGGCAUAGGCACAGUGUUCAAUAUAUUGAUGAUGAUGGCGGCGAAUCUUGUUGGGUUUGCGGUUGGGCUUGACGGGUUAAAGGGACUAGUUAGUGGGAUUGUGAGCAGCGCGGCGGGGCUGGUGUAUCUUGUCACGGCAUGUGCGACGCUGUUUGUGGGCGUUCAGGUUAUGUUUGAGAUAAGGGAAGGGGAAUUGAGGGCUGGGAUUAAUAUGAAGUGUUAA